CACCCCGUGCGUCAUGUGUCGCUCCCGCAGCUCCCUGCCCACCAUGACCGUCGUGCCAGCCCCGACGCCUGUCCCCUCUACUAGCCCAGGACCCCGGCGCGGAUCGGGUCCCGAGAUCUUCACCUUCGAUCCGCUGCCAGAACCCGCGGCGGCCCCAGCCCCGCGCCCCUGCGUCUCCCGUGGGCACCGCAAGCGCAGCCGCAAGGUCCUCUACCCGCGAGUGGUCCGGCGCCCGCUGCCCGCCGAGGAACCCAACCCGGCCAAAAGACUGCUCUUCGUGCUACUCGCCAUCGUCUUCUGCCAAGUCCUGAUGGCCGAAGAAGGGGUGCCGCUGCCCCUGGCCGCGGAGGACGCCCCCGGCGACGCGCCCCCCGCGCCCGUGCCUGCGCCCCCCGUUUCUGAGCCCUUGAAUCUGACCGCGGAGCCCUCGGACUACGCGCUGGACCUCAGUACUUUUCUCCAGCAGCACCCCGCCGCCUUCUGACCCCCACGCCCCUCACCGUCCCCGUCCCCCCGAGUGUGGGAAAGGGAGGCGGCAGGUGCGCGCGGUGGCCCCCCAACAGGAACGCUGGAGGCGACGCAAACUCAACACUACAAAGGAGAAGCCAGCGGGCGCUCGGGGGAGACUGAGGCACGGACUUCCCCAGGAUCUAGAUUGAGCCCGGGUGGCGAAAGAGCGUCGUUAAUUUAUUGCUCAUUGCUCCUAAUUACUAUUUAUGUGUAUUUAUGUAUGUUCCCCGAGGUGAUGGAGGGGUGUGUGUGCUAUUUAUUUUAACUUAUGCUGGGCACGAGGUGUGCCCCCCUGCUGGAAUCACAGAUCUCUUGGUAUUCAUGGAGCUUCGUGGCGUUGGCCCAGGCCGGGCGCCUAGGAUUGAGGGCGCCCCGGCUGGCAGUCAAGGUGGUGAUGGGUCCUAGGGUUCCGGGAUAACACUCUCAGUCGUCCAACAACUCCCUGGGGUCUACUGUGUGAGGCUCCCGUGGCCCGUUGGGUAUAAAGUCCAUGGCCUUCUGUCUCCCCGAGGUUACCCCUAAGAAGUAGCUGCGGGGACAAGGGUCGGUGGGCUGUCAGGGUGCGGCUGAUGGGGUCGCCCCGUAUGUUCUGUGAACAAAAAUAAAUUUGAUUUAUCCUCAA